GAAACUGAUCUGUGUCAUGUACCAACUUUAUUCUUCUUCCUCCGACUUGGCUCAGUAAUUUCGAGACUGAUUUGCUUUUGAUUUUCUUGCCAGCUUCAAAGAGUCAAGUCAACAUGUCAGGAAUUGGAAUUGUUGUUGAUCAGUACAGUCUUGAGCAUUUAGAGGAUCCUUUUUACGGAAGUUCUGACGAAGAAUAUAGUGAAGCUCGCGUGUUGGACAAUGAGAAUAAGUUGAGACGUGUUAAAUUCCACUCGGCUGGAUACCGUGAUGGGAUUGUUGCCGGGAAAGAAGCUAUUGCGCAGCAAGGUUAUAACUUUGGCUAUAAGCAAUCAGUUCUUGAUGCCUACAAGUUUGGUAUUGUUAGAGGUGUUUCUAGUGCACUGGCUUUCCUCCCGAAUGAGCUAAGAGAAAAGCUGAUCGAUGAACAAGAAACUAGAGACAAGUUUCAGAAAUUACACAGUUGUGUGCAUGCUCUAUCAACGGAAGUAGCAAUGAAGCGGUUCUAUGAAACUUUGACUACAAAGCAAGGGGAAGACAAGAAUGGAGAUCAAGGGUCUGACUCUGGUUCUUGUUCGGGUGUUAAUGCCGAUACAACCAACUUGGGAAGCUAUGUUACUGACCUAAGCUCUCUUCUUGACAAAUCUCCUAUGAUUGAAAUUAAAUUGGACUCAUAGAGGAGGCUUGUUCUCUAAAUUUUUGUCAAGAUUAGUAGUAUUCUGUUUGGUUCGGUUUGGUUUAGUCUAGUAAAAAUUGCAUGCCUUA